AUGCUUACACAAAAUCGCCUAGGCGUCCGAAUGGGCGUCCAGAAGCUUGCGAUCAAUGCCGGUCGCGAAAGAGUCACGCCAACAAAUCAAACAAGUCCAAGACUACUGAGCCCAUCAGAUUCAGGACUACGAACACCACAGUCAACUACUCCCAUGGUACGUGACUAUGCUUUCAGUCCUGGGUAUCUUGGCUUCACGAGCUACAACUCUGCUUUCCAGGGUGCCCGUGCGAGUUUAUCUGUUCCAGCAACAAGUCCAGACUUCAUUGGCACUGAUACGCCAAGUCCUGGGGGCGAGGAUGUAUGUCUACGGAAGCUGCCAUUACCAACGCAGCAGAUGUGCCUCGUUGUUCUGCAAUACCUUCCGGGGCGGCCAGAGGCGCAUAUGAUUUUCCAUGACGAACCAGGUCCGGAAACUACAACUUCUUGGUCUCAUGUAGCUGUAUCACGGAUCAUCACAUCCCUGCGGCAGCUCUUUGGGUAUUUUGAAGGAAGCGACUCCUUUAACGAGAAAGUCGCCGAUUUUCUAUGUCGAAAUACUGCUCAGCCAAUACAAGAUACAUUUGACAAUUUUGAUGACUGGAUAGCUCAGUUCUGUGGAUCAAAUAUCCGAUGGGAAUCAAUAGGUCUCUUGUGGGCACAUGUUGAGGGACUGUCGGAUGCUUUAUCAACACUAAAGUAUCGCCAGCUUCAAUGGGUAGAGGGCAAGCAGUCUUCCUUGGUCUCGCAUGAACAUUUACACUAUUGCAUUGAGAUCACACGCCAAUUCACGGCCGGAAACGAUAUGCUUCUCGAUCUUUGUCGUCGACAUGCUGCUCUUGCGACUUUAGUCUAUGGCGAUGCCAGUCCGGUAUACUGGAACGCACAUAGCUUGUGUAUUUCAAUGCUGCUCUUCCUCGGUCUCCAUGCUCCAGGAGAAACUUCUAAAUCUCAAGCAAAAUCCGAGAAGCCCUCAUUCUGUGUCGAGAAUAGACGGUUUAUAUACUGUUACAUCUUUGCGAACGACAAAUCUAUGGUUACGUUUACUGGCAGACCUCCACUCCUUAGCCGCCGCUAUUGCUCAUCCCGGGCGCCUCUAGACUUGUCUGAUAGUUGCUUGACAUCAAAAGAAACAAUGAUCGAAGAAUGUAUGACUUUGGAUCAGAGCGGCUGGAAUACUAAGGGCGAGAUCCAUGCUAAUAGUUACAUCCGAUCCCGAUUCUUGAGGUCCUAUCUCUUUGACGAAGUAGUAGAGAUUGCACUUGGUAAUGAAGCCAAUGUUUCGCUCGAUUAUAUUGAAGACAUCAAAACUCGGGUGAGCCGGAUGUUCUUCGAACAACCAGCGCAUUUGAUUUUCAAGUACCAAGACCUUGAUGAUCCUGAUCUUGAUAUAAAUGUCCUUUACCUGAGAAUAUUGCUCUAUCUAAGCCAUAUGAGGGAUAUCUUCGUGCUCGAACGGCUAUUGCUUCAGCAUGGGGCGGUUGACGAUGGCUCCUUGCUGACAACUAGUUUUGAUUUAGUCAAAGUCACGGUCGUGCUUUGGAUACACAAGAAUCGAUUUGCCUCUAUGAGACGCAAUUUCGAAUGGCUGUUGGUAGCCUAUGCAGCUCCCGGCGGUGGCAUUCUAUGCCAAGAGUUACUUCAACCAACAUUCUUCGGUGUUCAUCCUUUGAACCCUGCUUUAUCACGCUCAACCAUUGUACAGCAACUAAGCAUGCUUGUUGCGUUCCUCAACUGGGUUGGGCCUGGCUCACCAAACAGGGUUGUUUGCGGUGAUUGCGAGACCAUUAUCCAGCGGGUGCUUGAUGAGCACCUGAACGCUUCGCCAACAGAUAAUACGAGCUUAGAGCGAUUGGGUGACUUGGACCCAGCCCUUCCUAGUUCUUUGGGGUUCAAAUUUGAAUUGCUGAAUACCUUUGAUUGGCUGAGUAGCAUGCGAGGAUGA